UAUUUAUACUUUUCAAUGUCAAAAUUUUUGCUGAAUCUCUUCUAAUUAUUAAGCACCUAAUUUUUCAAUUUCUCGUCUAUUCUUUAGUUCAAAUUUUCUAUCAUACUUUACACUUUGUCUUCAUUUAGUAAUACUUUACUCACCAUCGCUAUCCUCCAAAAUUUUUACACAUUUGUAGACAUUUAAAACUUGCAUUUCUUUUUAAAAUAUUAUCAUUUAUCGAGUAGAUUAAAGAAUUUAUCGAGUAGAUUAAAGAAUAUAUUUUCAAAUUAAUUUUAUUUAUCCUCUUUUAGUUACUUUUAAUUUUUGUAUUUUUAAGUUUUUGUUUUUAAAUUGAAAAUGAUUCAUUACAAAUUACAUUAUUUUGACUUACCUGCAAAAGGUGAACCAAUUCGUUUGCUGUUUAAUUACAAGGGGCAGCCUUUUGAAGAUUACCGAAUUAAAAUUGAGGAAUGGCCGACAAUUAAAUCGAAAUAUCCAUUUGGACAAGUUCCAUUACUCGAAGUGGAUGGAAAACAAUUAGCACAAACUGGAGCUAUUAUGCAAUUUUUGGGGAAAAGAUUUGAUUUGGCAGGCAAAAACGAAUGGGAAGAGGCGAAAGCAAUGGAGAUAUUCUUUCUUUAUGACGAAAUGAGGGUUCCAAUAGGUCCAUAUAUUGGAGUAAAAUUUGGAUUUAGUGAAGGAAAUUUGGAACAACUUCGAAAAGAUGUUUUUCUGCCGGCUAUUGAAAGAUAUUUUCCUUUAUUUGAAAAACGUUUGGAAGAGUCCAAUUCUGGUUUUAUUUUGCCUUCUGGAUUAAGUUUUGUUGAUUUUUCUAUUGCUCACUUUAUUGAAACGAUGACUAAAAUGGAAAAGGAUAUAAUGGCUAAAUAUCCAAAAUUGGUCGAUCAUUCUAAGCGUAUCUAUUCACUUCCUCAAUUGAAGGAAUAUUUGAACAAAACGAAAAGUUAA